AAAUUGAACUGUUUCCCAAAUUGGCUGAAACAGAAGAUUAUGAGGAGGAAGAUGAAAUGGAAGAUGAAAGGACAGAGUUGGAUGAAGACGCUACUGUAAUUGCCAGUAGACAUAGUGCAACAAACCAAAUACAAAAAAGCAAGUUCCAGUUUACCACAUCUAGCUACAGUCAGGAAAGAAUAGAAACAAAAUUCAAUGAAGAUGGAACACAGAGAUAUCUUACAGAAGAAAAAGACCUGCACGGAAAAUAUGAUCGUUCCAAAACAAUUUUUCAUCAAACUUCUCCACUUAUCACUGAAGGACUAAAGGAGGAAAAUAACCCCAUGGAAUUUCAAGCAGCAACGGCAAUUGUUCCUCCCGUAAGCAGCUCCACCAAAGGUAAUGAGGAAAAGUAUGCACACACCUUUUCCGGCAAUGAAACAACCAGAGAAUCUGCUGCUGAUAGUAGUGAAGAUGUUAUAGAGGUAUUUGCUUUUAAGCCUGGCCCAGAAACUGAUGACUCUUGGGGUUCCAUUCCUAUCACCUCUGCUACCCAGUUAGUUACUAUGGAGUAUCUCAGGAAAAUACUUUUAUUAUCAUCUUACUCUGUCUCGUCAAAUUCUGAAGAACAUGGCUCUGCUUCUUCUGGAAGUGAGGUACUCUCUCAGACAACUCAAGCAGUUUACAAUGGUGAGAUACCACUUCAACCUUCCUACAGUAGUGAAGUGUUUCCUCUAGUCACCCCUUUAUUGUGUGACACUCAGUUGCUCAACACUUCCCCUGAAGCAUCAAGUAGUGAUGUGACCUUGCAUGCUACACCUGUAUUUCCCAGUGUUGAUGUGUCAUUUGAAUCCACCUUGUCUUCCUAUGACGAUGUACCUUUGCUUCCAUUUUCCUCUGCUUCCUCCAGUAGUAAAAUGUUUCACCAUUUAUAUAUGGUUUCUCAAACAUUUCCACAAGCUGCUUCAGCUAUUGAAAAUGAUGAAGGGUCCCUGCAUGUUUCUUUGACAUUGGAGGAGGGUGGCACAUUAACCCAAUCAUGCCUCACUCAGUUUUCUGAUGUGACCUCAUAUCAGAUGGUCCAUGCUACUUCAGAGACUUUGAGAUUUGGCCAUGAUAGAACUCACUUGUUAUCUCAAGUGGAACCACCCAGCAAUGAUUUCAGUGGGCAUGCAGUGUCUACAAUGUCUGAAUCUAUUUAUGCUUUAUCAGGUUAUGUGGGGUCUCCUCAAACUAUUGCUGCUUCUUAUUACACAUCUGAAUUUGUGCAUGAGUCUGUUGGCACAUUUCAUCAGGGUCCCUUGUUUAGCAGCUAUAGCAAUAUGCCGGUGCCUAAGCCUUCUCCUGCAGUCUCGCAAGCUGAUACUUCUCUGCGGCCUCCAUGUUUUCUUUCUAGUGAAAUGGAUCGCUCUGAAACUCGUUCUGCUAGUGAGUCCCUUUUGCCUGACACAGAUAUUUGGUCGAUACUGAAAGCUUCUUUGCAUGUUCCUUCCAGUGAAGUAAUGUGCAGCACACCUGUAUUCCCAGGUGAGGUUGAGAUGACUCCCCAAAAUAGUGUAAUGCAUGGAUAUGACAAAGGACUGCAAAUUUCUGCUUUCAGUGAAAAUACUGAAAAUGAAAUGACUGAACCUCCUACAUCCAUUUCUAAUUAUGAGAUUCCUAAGCAGGAUACAUGUGCUCAAGAAAGCCUCGUUACUGUCUCUAGUGCAAAGGGAAUCCGGCCAGCUUUUCCUGUUACUAAGGUGUUUGAUUAUUAUGUUAGUAAGCGCUUGGAAAAUGUUCCUAUUCAAUCUUUGCAUGUUACAACUCUGGCCUUUGAUGACGCUUUGCUUAAGCCUAUGCUUAGUGCAAGCUCACAGCAAGCUUCCUCUACCCCUGCUUCUAGCAAAAAACUGCCUUCUCCCAGCCAGCAGUACUUUUACUGGGCUUCAGCUACCCUAAAUAAUAUUUCAUUGCUGCAAAUUUCCUUUCAAUCCUUCAAUAAUGAUACAGUUCGUAAAACACCUGUGCCUGGGGAUCCA